CUGUUCCGACUUCACUGCGAGCUAUAUUCGAAACCUCAAGAAGUUCUUCAACAUCGAUGAUGAUGGCUUGGUUCUCCGCACCGUCGAAGCCCCUGAUGGGAGACCUACCAUUGUUGUCCCCUCCACCUUGGCCAGUGAAGUGAUUGAAGCGGUACAUGUAUGUGCGGGUCAUCCUGGUCGUGACCGCACUCGUCAAUUGGUGUCCCGUUAUUUCUGGUGUAAGGGUCUCUUCCCCCUAUCUCGGUCGGCCAACCGUAUCGUAUGCUCAUGCGAUACCUGUAGGCGUACGAAGAGCACUAGGCUGCACCGGCAUGCCCUUGGACGGGCUC